GGCGGGGAAGUUUCUGGCACCUUCUGGCGGUGCCGGCGGAAGCGGCGGAAGGAGCGGGGGGAGCCCGGGGCCGGGGCAGCGCCAUGGCCAAGUGGGGCCAGGGGGACCCGCGCUGGAUCGUGGAGGAGCGGGCGGACGGCACCAACGUGAACAACUGGCACUGGACGGAGCGGGACGCCACCAGCUGGUCCAAGAGGAAGCUGAAGGAGGUGCUGGAGGGGCUGGUGGUGGAGGGCGAGGCCGGGCGCUGCGAGAUCGGCGACCUCAAACACGUGGAGGGCGAAGCGUCCUGCAACAGCCGCAAAGGGAAGCUCAUCUUCUUCUACGAGUGGAACCUGCGCCUCAGCUGGAAAGGUACAGUGAAAGAGUCUGGUGAGAAACAUAAGGGAUCUGUUGAAAUUCCUAACCUGUCAGAAGAAAAUGAGGUAGAUGAUACAGAGAUAAAUGUUAGCAAGAAGAAAGGGGAAGGUGAUGUUCUGAAGGACCUGAUGAGAACUGAAGGAACCACCAAAGUCAGAGAGGCCCUGAGGGACUACCUGAAAGCACUUAAAACAGAGUUCACCUUGGGAAUGAUCCUGCCAACAAAAGCUCCUGCUGGUCAGGAACUGGCCAUGGAGCGAAAACCAAGUGGGAGCACCGUGCAGGACUCUGUUACACCACAGUCUCUGGAUAUGGUUGGAGUAAAAAUUCCAACAGUGAGGAUACAUAUGAGGGAAGUCUUCAACUCUCCAGCUGAUGAACUUUACAGCAUCUUCACAAAGAAGGAACUGGUACAGAAGUUCUCCAAGUGCCCAGCUGUGAUUGAAGCAGAGAAAGGAGGCAAACUUCAGAUGUUUGAGGGCUUUGUCAGCGGUGAAUACACAGAACUGGUCCCAAGCCAAAGACUUGUGCUGAAGUGGCGGUGUAGGAGCUGGCCUGAUGAACAUUAUGCAACAGUGGCCUUGAACUUCCAGGACCUGGCGGCGCAGUCAGAACUGGAGCUGGAAUGCAAAGGGGUUCCUGUCUCCCACGAAGAGAGUACAAGACAAUGUUGGAAGAAGCAAUAUUUUGAAGAAAUACAUAUUUUACUGCAGCAAUCAAAAGACAGCAUGGAAUGAUAACAGCACUGUAGUUUUGUUAGGGCAUUACUUUUUAUACUUUGUUAACAUUUGGUUUUCUAAAAAAAAAAAAAUAUAAUUUAUUUGUGGGAAGAAUAAAGACCCACUUCUAUGAGACUGUACAUAGUUUAAGCACUAUUUAUGGGUUUUUAGGGAAUGAGAGGCAAGUCAGACUCUGUAUAUCAACAGCUUUACUCGGGGACAGUGAUCUCUGUUCUGCUUGCCUGCACCUCCAGAGAGUGGUAAUGAUUCAGCUGCAGUGAGUCCUGCCCUCAGAGGUAGGUGAGCCCCACCAUCAAUAGGAAGCAUUUCCAGUUCCUUAAUAUUCAGUGUAUCAAGUGGCAGAAUUGAAUCCUGGUAGGAGACAGAGUUCCCAGCAGAGGUGAGCUGAAAGGGAUUACAAAACUGCUGAUCCAUUUCAGGAAAUGGGGGGGUUUCAUUUAUACAGCCUCUUUGAAUACUUGCUAGAUGCUUUUAUCUGCAGACUGUUUGCAGCUGCAGUUUUAGGAAAGAUAAUUAAUAAUGUCAUGUAAUUAUUAGGUCUGCAUGCACUAUACUCCCUUACUUGACCUCAGUGUGACAUUUAUUUAAGAAGAUACAAACAGUAGCAGUGCUUGCUUUCUGCAGUUCUGUAAAACCUUCCACUGAAAUGAUUUACAGCCCUCUGCAAUGCUGUACCUCAAAGUGAACAACUGUUAAGAGAAUUUUGACAGGAACAAAUUGUAAUUUUUAAUUAAACCAUCCAGGUGAGCAAGGAUAACUUAGUUCUCAAAUGCUUUAUAAAUAAAGUGUACAAAUGAAAUAUGCAAUCUGAAACAAAUUGACCACAAUAGGGCAGGCUGCCUUUGGAAAACGUGCUUGGCUCAAUAAAAAUAUGACUUUACAUCAAGCUGAUUUUCUCCAUAAACUGAUACUGCCACACUAAAUAAGUUUCUUAGAAGUCCUAUAUGUUUUAUUUUUACAGAAUGCCAACCUUACCACCCAAAAAGCUUCCAUCAUCCUGAGGACACAGAGGUGCUGCUCCUUUCUUCAGGCCAGGUUCUCCUGCAAAGUUUGCAGUCAGUCAGUUAUUAACAACCCCUCUGAACUGAGGUGAGGUCUCCCCACAGUGACAGGAGAGCCACAGAGAAGAUCCUGGGUGUUGCUGCUUUAAGAUUCCAGGUGCUAGAUGGGGAACAACCUCUUGAGUAGUGUUGUAUUUUAGCAUCUAUUUCUGAAAGCUCAACAUUUAUUUACCUUCCCCCCCCCCCCCAGUAUUCAAGGAAGAAAAGCCUGAUGUUUUGAAUAUAAAAAUUACUUAGGGUAGUAGUUGACAGAGGGAAAUUAAGGUUUAAGACACUUCAGGCUUCAGCAGGUUUGUGGGUAGAUGGUUGAAGAGAUUUUGCAACAAUUUAAUCCUUGAGAGUAGGUGGUUCAGUGCAAUUCCAAGUUUCUCCAAACAGUGAAACUGCAGCCCAGUACUCUCUGGGAAUUGUGCCUCACCCAUUUUCCCUCAUGACUGAAAUCCCCUGGUUUUCCUGUCUCCCUGCCCUCACUGGAAUGGAGCAUUUGCCAAUUACUGGUGUUAAAAAAAAGACAGGACUUACUUGUGCUUCCAGCCUUGCAGUCCCUGCUCCAGGUGUUGGGCUGCCAAAACCCCUGGAAAACGAGGAGCAGCUCCAUACUCCUCUAAAAUUGGUGCUAAAAUUUCUCCUAGACUUCCCAAUUAAAAGUAAAAAAUGUUAGAUGAUAAUCAGCUGAGAAAGGCAAAGAGAAAAAUAAUACAAUGGGAAGGACAUGAUUUUUAAGAUUAUGGCCAAAAUUCUUUACAAAUCUCAGCACUUAAAGUGCCAGAGGAGAGGCUGGCUAUACAUGGAGAAGUUAUUUAAAAGCUUCAUUUUGAACGGGUUAAAGGGGAGGUAGAAAUUCCAGGAGGAAAUAAAUGGGAAGUGGGAUAAAACCUGGAAGAAAAUCAAAGCUUUAAGUGACUGAGGAAGCCAGUGGAAGAUUAAAGGAUUUAGGGUUAAAGGGUUUUCAAAGGCAGGAUAAGGGAAACAGUUUUAAAGGAGGAAAAAAUACAAACCAGAAAACUGAUUUAAAGUGAGAGAAGAGGAAUAGAAUAGAAGGAAUAAUUUUCAGAGAAUGGAAAGUGAGUGAGACAGAGAACAAACAAACACCUGGAAACAGGCUGUGGAAAAGCAAGACACAUGUGUGCAGGUAUUGCUUACUUCUGUUCAAAAAACUCAACUGUAAAAAAAUUCUUUGUAAAAAUUGCAGGAAUACUCAAGGGGGAAAUGAGGUAAGGGAAGAACAGAAGAUUAAUCAUAUUUUUGGUAAUCCUGACAUGAUUAGUGGUGCAGUAUUUGUGUAUCCUUUAUGAAAUCACUGUCAAGUAUUGUUUAUAGUUGGUCUGCUUGAAAAUGAGCUAAGAAAACACCCCAAAGGCCAGAAUGCCACAACUCUGGUGUUUUCCCAUCCUGCAGGAGCUGCUAAAGCCAGCAAGGGGCACCAGCUCAGACAACAUCCCAACCAUCACCUGCAGUGUUAAUAAAAAAGUUGAUUAAGGUUCAUUCAGAAAGCCACUCACCCAAAGGGUUCCAGCAGCUGCUGCAGGUCAGGUUUUGAUCCACAGGACAAUGUUUUCCUUGACAGACAAAUUCUGAUUGUAGUUUUGAGUAGAAGCUGUUGAUGUCUCUGGAGUUACAAUCUGGGGAAAGCUAAUCAGAAAAGAUAAUAAAAUUCCUAAAAAGAACAAAACCGUAAUUAUUAUGUCUGAAUAAUGAGGAUGCCAACUUAAGCACUUACCAGUGUCUGUAAAUGCAGGAUAAAAGUGCUAAAUAAAUGGGAAUAGAAAUUUGUAAACUUUAAAGACAAAUUAAUUACAGAAAGUUAAAACCAAUGUAAAUUCAAAGGGAGCAAGAGCAUCACAGACUCAAGGAGAAGCAAGUGAUGCAGAAUUGCAGUGGAGGGUAGAUGAAAUGGAAGAAUUUUGAAGAAAAAAGAUCAAGGUAGAUGAAGACAAUAUAAAAAUAAAUGAGCUGAGCAACUGGAAAAUGAAGCUGAAAAUGGAGUUUAAUCAGAUAUUAAAACCAGUAGCACUGACAGUCCAAAAGGUCACAUAGGAAACUGGCAUUACUCAGAAAUAACGGGGAAGUAUAAUGGGAGAGAUGAUAAAGUCAUUCCAGGGGUGCAGAAGCUAUAAAAAGUGAAGGAGCACAGAUAGAGCAGAGGGAAAAAAAGAAAGGAAGUCUGUCAAUAGUGCAGGAGAAAAAUUAUUUAAGAGAUAUUAAAAUAAGGGAAAUGAGAUGCCAAGUUCCACUGGCUUUUGACACUUCACCACUGUGUGGCUGAACACUUGUGCACAACAAACAAGCACCAAAAUUCACAUCAAAUCUGAACCUCUGACCAUCAUUUCUCUCUCUGCUGCUGUUUCACUUACGAAGUUCUUUGCUGAGAAAUCCAAAGACUGAAGCAACAUAUUAUAAACAAAUGAAAAGUCAUCACAAUCAGUUUAAUGAAGUGCACAGAAUAGCAAUUGAUCAUGUCAAUAAAAAUAAAACAAUUAAUUUUA